AUCGACGAUUAUAAAAAGCGCUGGGCUUGGAGAGGGCAGCACCAUCCCACGAAUCUCGGAUAACCACAAACCUUGAUUUGGAAUACCAUGUUGUCUCGCUCAGCUCAAUACAGGGCCUCUUUUCGUACCUUUCAGGGCUUUCCAUCAUCUCUGCGCAAGCUGACAAUAGUGCCGCCUGACACUCCCGACAAUCUCCCACUGACCGGCAUUCGUGUCCUCGAGCUUGGACAGUUAAUCGCUGGCCCAUUCGCAGGUCAGCUUCUUGGACAUUUCGGUGCUGAAGUGAUCAAAGUCGAACCACCGGUAACGGGAGAUCCGCUGCGCAUUUGGCGCGAACUCGACGUCGAUGGCACGAGUCCGUGGUUCCGCAGCCUGGGAAGGAAUAAAAAGAGUGUCACUAUUGAUAUGCGAAAAGAGGAGGGACGCGCAUUGGUGAAGAAGCUGGCGCUUCAAUCAGAUGUGGUCAUCGAGAACUUCAAACCUGGAACUCUCGAGAAGUGGGGGCUUGGUCCUGAAGAUCUUCGGCCUCUGAGCCCAUCCCUCAUUUUCACCCGUGUUUCUGGAUACGGACAGACUGGACCCUGGUCCACGCGCCCUGGGUACGCCUCGGUGUGCGAGGCCGAGUCUGGGUUUCGAUAUAUCAACGGGUUCCCAGAUCCGAAGACAGGUGCGCUUGCAGGACCACCUGUGCGCCCGAAUAUCAGUCUCGGGGAUUCCGUGGCAGGUUUGCAUGCUGCUUUUGGCACGGUUCUCGCUCUAUUCGCCCGGCGCGUGAAGCAAGACAAUGGUCUAGCGAGAGGAUCAACCGUCGACGUUAGCAUCUUGGAGAGUAUGCUGAACCUUAUGGAAGGGAUUAUUCCUGAAUAUGACCGCAAGGGAAAAGUUCGCGGUCCCUCUGGCUCCUCCAUCACCGGCAUUGUGCCGACUAAUGCCUAUCCUUGCCUUCCCUCCCCUUCGACACCAACCACACCGGCCUAUGUUAUCAUUGGCGCCAAUGCUGACUCCAUGUACGAACGCCUCAUGGUCACCAUCGGCAGGUCGGACCUCAUAGGACCCGAUUACAAGCGCAACAACCACCGGGUCGAUCGGCAAGAGGAGAUUGAGCACACUAUUUCGGAUUGGACAAAGAAAAGGCACGCGGAGGAGGUGUUGGAAACACUGAAGAAGAUCGGUGUGCCCGUCGGACGGGUCGUCAACGUGAAAGAUAUUGUUGAAGGCGAGCAGAUCAAGGCGCGCGGAAGUAUUGAAGAUGUUUGGGUCGGAAAGGGGAAGCAAGAGGAAGGGGGAGACGGAUGGACUGUGAAAAUGCCUAUGGUUGCACCGGUCUUAGAAGGAUGCGAUGCAAAGACGAGGUGGGCCGGGCCGGAUUUGGGCCAACACAACAGGGAAGUUUUGGUAGACAGGCUUGGGCUUUCGGAGGAGGAGAUGGAGAGGCUGGUUGAACAAGGUAUCAUCGGCGCAUAAAGUACAUAGUGAAUGUAGUUUGUUCCGUGUGACAUUCAAUUUCGACCAACGUCCACAAGUGGAAUAUCU